AUGACACUGAAAGAAGUCUACCAGCGGUUUCUGGAGCUGCCUAAUCGUCUCAGCCUGUCCGAGACUGCCUCACUCUACUACGUUACCACGCUCAACACCUUCUCCUCGCCCAGCGACAUUAUCCGCCACCUCGAGUCGCAAAACAAAAAGGUUGUCCGGACUAGAAAUGCGAGAAUACUGUCGGCCGUGGAGGGAUCCAACGCGCUUGCGCUCGAAGUAGAAACAGUGCUGGAAUUUAUCGCAGGCGGAGGUACCUACCUACCAGGUCUAGAGAACUUCAUUGUGGACAAAAUUGCAGUGAUCCCCACGACUCACAUCGUCCACUUCGACAGGGAACGGAAAAUCUCCCAGAUUCGCGUUUCUUGGGAUCAGGCAUCUCUGCUGAAACAGACCGAAGUGAUUGGUUCAAGAGGCCGGAACUGGCCUGUGUUUGACGGCAAGGAACAAAUUAGGCUCAUCAACACCGGCUCGAAUGCCAUGCCAGCAGUGCCCGAAUUGCCAACCAGUCCGCGAGGUCGGUCUGAAAACCAAAGCAUUUCCUCGUCCCGCAAUGUGUCGCCCAGCAAGAGACAUAUUAAAGACCCUCACGCGAGCCUCGAUCUCUUCUCUCCAAAGCCGAUAGACGAGAAUGAAUGCGUCCUGAGCCCAAAUGCCGUUGCGCCACGGGCCUCAGCGAGACCUCCCCCGCGCGAAAUGAGUGAGCUAUUCGCCGCAGGCCAUGAAGAUCACGCGCCCGGCUCGCCCAAAAAGGUUCCCACCGAACCAGUCAUUGCACCCAAAGCUGGCAGCAGCCAGAAGUUCUCCGCUCCCCGCCUCUUUACCGAUGAUCGCGGUGAGCCAGCUGCCGUCGGAUACAAGUCCAACCCGGCCAAAUACAACCACUUCGACCUGGGAGACCCGGCAGAUGAUGACGCUUUCCAACAUCAGCAACCUGAACCCAAGCCGAGAGCACCAAUUCCGAUGCGAGCGAAGACCAACAAGAACAAUACCCAAUGGGAUUUCUCCGACUUCUCAACACCGCAGAAGGUUGGGCAGAAGGUGCGAGAUCAGGAUGUCGUCCAUUUCAGCCUCGACACCGCGAACAAUGACCUCGAAACUCCGGGGAAGAGAGUUGAGGCUAAGCCACGUCCCGACAACGAGAGUCACUUCGAGUUGCAGGAUGAUGGAACCCCAGUUGCACGUCAUGUCGUGCCAAAGCCCCGGAAAGACGCGGAAACCCAUUUCCAGUUGAAAGACACAGCAACGCCUGCCCCGAACCGGACAGCCGGCCGCCCCACGAGCUCAAGCAGUCGCAUGGGAUUGUACUCAAAUAAUGUGUUCGACGAGGAUGAGGAUGGCAGACGACAGGAAAAGGCGCCGUUGUCGACCAUCACGAACAAGGCCCAUCGAAGACACGACUUUGAUAGCCACUGGUCGAUGACAGAUGACUCUCCGGCGAACGGCAAGACGAACAAUGAGAACAAGGCCAUCAGUAACCAUCGCAAGAAGCCGUCACAGAUGGACACCCACUGGAACACUUAUGAUGAGUCGCCCGACCAGUCCAAGAGAGCCCCUACGCAGACCGGUCUGAGAAAAGGGAUGGAGAGCCACUGGAGCAUGGGUGGAGGGGAGGAACAGACGCCUGGCGAGAAUGGUAGCAAAACCAAAGCGCAGAAAAGCUUUUGGGACUUUUAG